AGAUAAACGAACAGGUUUUCUAGUUGAAACCAAAAACAUGGAUAACACUGAUAUAAACAACGAUGGAAAUAUUAUAAAACUUCGAGGUCUACCAUGGAAUUCGGGUCCCAAAGAUAUCUUGGAGUUUCUUAAAGAUUGUCAUGUGCUUGAAGGAGAAAAAGGAGUUCAUUUGGCUAUAAGUCAUCGUGAUGGCCGUCCAAAUGGAGAAGCUUUUGUAGAACUUGCAACACCUGAUGAUGUUGACAGAGCAUUUGAAUACAAUAAGAACGUCCUCGGUCAUCGUUACAUUGAAAUUUUCAACGCUAAACCGGAAGAGUUUGAACAGUGUUUGAAGAGACAAAAUCUAGUUCAACAAGAUACGUUCAUCAAAUUACGUGGAUUACCAUUUUCUUGCAAACCAGAAGAUAUUGAGAAUUUCUUCGAAGGGCUGGAGAUAAGAAAUGGAGCAAGUGGUAUCUAUAUAGUCUAUGAUUCGAGAGGAAGACCAACAGGGGAAGCUUUCGUACAAUUUUGUAAUUCUGAAGACACUGAUUUAGCAAUGAAGAAAAAUCGGGAAAAGAUUGGGCACAGAUAUAUCGAAAUAUUUCGAAGCUCUUCUUCUGAAUGUCGCCGUUCCACAAUUUUCAACAAUGGCGGUCGAAAUGGCAAUGGAAAACAAAGUGGUGGUUUAGGAUUUUCUAAUGAUCGCAUGGGACGUGGACAGCGAAAUAAUCGUUCGAACUUUCGAGAUCGUCCUUAUCCAGAAUCAUCAUGGAUGUUGUCUCAUAAUAAUAGCAAUAAUGAUAGCCCAUGGCGCAACAAUAAUCGAAACAGUAACAAUCAUAAUUUCGGAGGGAACGGAGGCAACAGCUUUAAUAAUUUUGGAGGCAACUCAAUGUUCGACAAUGACAAUAAUUUCUCUUCAGAUUUCGAGCGCAACUGGAACUCAGGAAAUGGAAGCUUUGGUGGAGGAAAUAAGAACAAUCAGUCAUCAAUGUUUGAUCGUAAGAACUUUGGCUUCUCAAAAUUUAACAACAACGACAAUGGAAAUUUUGGAAAUAAUCGAUUUAUGAAUAAUAUGAGUGGAAAUUCGAAUUCAAACAAUGAUGCACCAGAAUACGCUGUUCACUUGCGAGGAAUGCCUUACGAUUGUGGUGAACUAGAAAUUCGUCGAUUCUUUGAACCAUUACAAUUGGUUGGAUGCGAAGUUUUUUAUAAUAACAAUGGACGUCAUACAGGCGAAGCUGAUGCAUUCUUUUCCACAAUCUCAGAUGCUCAAGAAGCAAUGAAGAAACACAAAGGAAAAAUGGGCUCACGUUACAUUGAAUUGUUUGCUAAAAGUAACGACAGACGAAAUGGAGGACGAUUUUAAAAGCAUCUUUUCAUCAUUGAGCACCUUGCACAAUUAAUGUUUCUUUUUUUUAUACUUAAAUAUAAUUUUUUUCAAUAUAACAAACAACAAAAGCUGGGCGAAUUCAAGAUUUGGGACAUCGAACAAUGCUCAGCCUAAUUGAAAAUAUCAUAAAGAUAUAAUUUGAUUGGAAUUACUUCACUAAUAAAUACUUAACUCUGUACGUUCGUUCUCUUCAAAUAUUUUAUUUUUUAAGAAACACUCGUAAUGAUGAAUAAAUAUUUCAAAGAUUUCACAAGAAUGUAAUGCAAAAUAAAUAGCUAUUGAAAUAUUA